UAAGUUGGGGACAAACUCCGUAAUUUUUCCUUCCCUAAAAUGUAGACGGUGUUUGGCCGAUCGCUGGUUCCACCUAACUCUUGCUUUGUAGAAUCUCGACACUUUCAGUGUAUUCCAUCUAACAUUUUUCUCGCUCACUCCUAGAUCCAGUUCGCAGGACCAUAGUAUUGGUAAUAUUUGUUGGGAAAUUAUUUCCAAAUGGCUGGUGAAGAGAGGUGGUGCAUGGUGACGGGUGGGAGAGGCUUUGCAGCACGGCAUUUGGUGGUAAUGCUAAUCAAAUAUGAGAUGUUUAAGGUCCGUAUAGCUGAUUUGGGUCCCAACAUCAUACUUGAUCCCGAAGAGGAGAAGGGUGUUCUCGGUGAGGCCCUGAGGUCUGGCCGCGCUCAAUACGUCUCCACAGAUCUUCGUAACAAAUCCCAAGUACUUAAAGCUUGCGAAGGAGUGGAAGUUGUUUUCCAUAUGGCUGCUCCUGAUUCAUCCAUUAAUAAUCAUCAGCUCCAUCACUCUGUCAAUGUACAAGGGACCAAGAAUAUUCUUGACGCCUGUAUUGAGCUAAAAGUAAAAAGACUUGUGUAUACUAGUUCUCCAAGCGUGGUCUUUGAUGGUGUUCACGGAAUAUUUAAUGGGGAUGAAUCGUUGCCUUAUCCCGCUAAGUCCAAUGAUUCCUAUUCUGCUACAAAAGCGGAAGGAGAGACCCUAGUUAUCAAAUCAAAUGGUUUGAAAGGACUCCUAACAUGCUGUAUUCGACCUAGCAGCAUUUUUGGUCCUGGUGAUAAGCUACUUGUUCCAUCUUUAGUUGCUGCAGCAAGGGCUGGGAAAUCCAAGUUUAUUGUUGGAGAUGGAAAUAACAUGUAUGAUUUUACAUACGUGGAGAAUGUGGCACAUGCUCAUAUAUGUGCUGAACGAGCCCUGGCAUCAGAAGGGACUGUAAGAGAAAGAGCUGCUGGUCAGGCAUACUUUAUUACCAAUGCGGAACCAAUCAAAUUUUGGGAGUUCAUGUCUCUUAUUCUUGAAGGCCUUGGUUAUGAAAGACCAAAAAUAAAGAUUCCUGCUGCUGUUAUGAUGCCAAUUGCACAUAUCGUGGAGUUAAUUUAUAAGCUUUUAGCUCCUUAUGGGAUGAAGGUUCCGCAGUUCACGCCUUCAAGAAUUAGACUUCUGUCUUGCAGCCGGACGUUUGAUUGUUCUAAAGCAAAUGAUCGUCUUGGCUACACACCAAUUGUAUCACUCAAGGAGGGCCUUAGGAGGACUAUUGAAUCAUACCCACACUUAAGGGCUGAUGUACCAACCGCAAACGAUGGGCCAUCGAAAGCUGCCAUACUUCUUGGAAAUGGGAAGGUUGCUGACAUGCUUCUUUGGAGGAAUAAAAAGCAAACACUAACAGUACUGUUGAUCUUGGCUGCAUUUUUCUUCAAUUUUAUUGCAACUGGAUAUACCAUUAUAACUGCAGUUUCCAAGCUUCUGCUGGCAGCCUCAAUUUUCCUUUUCAUCCAUGCCAAGUUACCAGAGAAAAUAUUGGGAUAUAAAAUUGAAAAAAUUCAGGAGUCAAAAUUUCACAUUUCAGAAGAUAAGUCUCACCAAGUUGCCAUGUCAGUAGCGUCAGGGUGGAACUCUGCAAUGGUUUGUUUAAAAUCUCUUUGCAAAGGAAGUGACUGGAUACUUUUUCUGAAGGUGGUUCUCUCUCUAUUGGCUCUCAGUAUACUUGGAGCUGUUUCUUUUCGCAAUAUGUUCGUUAUGGGAGUUUCCAUUGCCUUUCUCGCUUUCGUUGUGUAUGAGAAAAAGGAAGAAGAGAUAGAUAAAUUGAUCCUUAAGAUUAUCUCACUUGGCUGCAAAUCGAAGUCUUGUAAUUCUGGAAAAACUUCCGAUUCAAAAAAACUGCAGUAAUUGUUAAAUUAACAUGGGAGCUGUUCCUAUUCAUCACUUGUUGGGGCUCCUUUGUCGCUUUCAGAUUCUUCCUACUGUAGGCAUUGUAUGCUUCGCGUUUUCUUCUAGAAAUGAAAGAAAUGUGCUGGAUGAUCGCUACAUUUUCUACCUCGUGUGCAUAUCUCUACCAAGAUGAACGCUGUGUAUUGUGAUCAAUGCCUGCCUUUAUUUUUGUAGCGUUUCCGAGAGUUGACAUUGAUUUGUUAGUUCUCACUUGAUAUUUCAAGUUAUUGUGAAGGUCUUCGAUAAAAUUCUGUGCUCUUUUCUCUUUUGAUUGUUAAUGUCGACUUGUCAUGAUAUUAUGGACGUCUUGACGACUCCCUCUUAAAUAAAAUAAUUCGUCCCUUUUUAUCGGCUUAA